AUGGACCCCAUGCCGUUCAAAGUGGCCAAACAGGCUACUCCUAGCAAAGUCAGCUCCAUCAACGAGCUGGAGAAAAACUGCGAGUACUCGGCGGCCUGCGUGGCCGACGUUGCCAGAACGUUAAACGCACGAAAUAUCACCACCCAGCACACAAAUAUGAGCACAAACACAAUCCCCCGGUUGCGCACGCUGAUGAGAUUGGUAAGUCGAGCAAGUAGCGGGAGCUUGAACGUGGUCAUGAAUAGCAUCAGGCUCGGAAUCAGGUACGUGAGCAGAAAUACCAGCACCAUCAAGGUGAACGCCCAGUCCAUACUGCGCGAAACGGAGUUGCCAAACUUGACGAUCUCAAAUAGGACAAGGUCGAUGAUCUGCAACGAAAAAGACACUGAAACGUUGAAUAACACUCUUGUGGUCCGUUUCAGCACAAGAUCCAUGGAAGUCUCGACCUUGUCGCCCAGUAACGGCUUCAACGUGGUGUCUAGCGGGUGUGAUCCGAGAACAACUGGUUUUUGA